AAAUCGUGGAAUUUCCGCACACGACACUGUCCACACUGCCUGAAAAAGAAUAUCUUGCCGGCCAGGCCAUUCGCAAGUCUGCCGUCAAAUAAUCACAUUCUAGAAAUAGGUACACUCAAUACUGGACGAACAUGGCUAGCAGUUCCACCAAGAACAAAGCGCUGCAGAUGAUAAGGUGCUUUUGCGGAUGCAGUUCCAUGACUGUCGCCGAGGUGCGGAGGAUCUACACUCUGUCGAACAGUGUGCACGAGACGCUAUUGGAUAAGGACGCCACCAGACUGCUACGCAAGUUCAUGGAGACGAGGCGCUCCGGCGACAAGGACGAGGCCGAGCAGUACCUGGACAUUUACGAGAAGUGCGCCGAGUUCCUAGCGGAGCACCAGCGCACGUUCACCCAGGACGAGGUGGACGAACUGAUCGAUCUGGGCCUGCCCUUCGACCUGGAGCAGGAUCUCUCCAGGCGCAUGCUCAGCGCCAAUCGGACGGAUAUCAGCAGCGGUCUCUAUCGCAUCCAGAGCAAAUGUCGCAACGAAAUCGAGGGCAGUAGCGAUUUUCGGGACUUUAGGGAUGCCAUUGCUGAUAAAAUGCGCCGGGUGCCAAGAUAAUAUACAUACACAAAUAAUGUUUUUGUGUGCACUGUGCAACGCCAACCAAAGUCACAUGGUUACCUUUGAAGUAUCGCUCCUCUUUCUACAUCUACUUUUCCCAGUGCCUUAGAGCCUUAUAAAAAUGUAAUAAAAACCGCCGUUUAGUCAUAGUCUUACAACGAAGACAAGGAAA